UGCAGAGACCCCUACUUGGGCUAUAUUAGGCCUCAUUAUGUCAUCAAGGUCUGCAGAGCUCUAAGCAGACACUCCUUAGGUUCUCUUUCAACAUUCGUUCUGGUAUCUCACUAUGGGACACACCCUCAGCCUGUCCCCCCAGAAGCUCUAUUUCAUUACUCCAGUCCUUUGACUGGCAGAAAAGUGACUUCAGCUCCGGGAGGGGGGACCUCCUCCCAGUAUAAAGGCUGACGGUUACGUAGGUGAUCUUCAGUCUAACACCUUUUCUCGCUCCCAGAAGCAACUCUCAGACGAAUAUACAGCUAUUAUUGAGCUAGCUUAACUGUUCACAGAGCGAGCUAACAACUUGGUCGCCAAAUGCUUCUCAAUAASUGUAUUUUGGUUUUCUGAGUUUUUCUUCCGCUGGCCUGUCAUCAAACAGCAGCAACCGCAACUGGUCACCAAACCAGCUGCCCCUUUUGGUGCAAUUUUUCGAGUGAAACACGUCGGGACGCUUCCACCUGUACUCGCCAUGGACAGGGCUAAGCCACCAACUAGAACCUGCACAUGCGGCAACCUAAUCGCUGGGGCAGAUACCUACUCUGUCUGCGCUUCGUGUCUGGGGCUGCAACAUGCCCAGGACYCGUUAGUGUCACCAGCUAACMGCGAGCACUGUGCACCGCMCUCCCMCAAAUCUUGCCGACGCAGACUGGUGCGCCAAGCUAGCCUGUCGGAUGUCGACCCGGUGCUAGGAGUAACCAAACCCCCGCCACAGGUGGAGCUCACGGCGAACAACAAGGAAGAGCACCCUCCAACCGGAGCCAGCUGGAGCGACCAGCUCGAGGCUGUCGCCCCACUGCUGGGCCCGGAGCAAGACYAGACGGACCUCCCGGUUUUCAGUAACCUUWUUAGCAGGGAAACUGACUCCGAGGCGGAAUCUGUUAGUCUCGAUUCUGACGACUACGAGCAGGACGGCGAAGUUUUCUCCAUUCCGCWGGCUGCAAAGCCCGCGGAAACGAGCMACGCCCACGGCGACUCACRAAACUUUCAGCGUGGUUUGUUGCURAUUUGCUCAGCAGGGUCAACUGAUUGCAAAACAACUGCUUGGUGGCGUCUCCUGCUUUUGCUGGGGUGUGUCAGUAACUCCUCCCCCCCAGGUGAUCAUAGCACAACAGAAAUCUCUGGCAAGCUGGGCCAGAAAGCGCUCUCUGGUUUAG